UCAGUUCGGUCAGUUUAGUUCUCCGGAAAACGACCAAGAUGUCCUUCUGGUCUGAGAACUACUCCUUCAUCAAGGAUGUGUACGACACAAGGGUCACCAAGAUGACGGAGUGGAUGGAUUACAUUGAGAUGGCGAUAGGGAAGGUGAUGGCUACGAAGGUGUACACCAGUGCAGAGUUUAAGAGAGAGAGAGAUAACUUCCUGUCCCUUUGCAAGAACCUGGAGAGAGCUGAAACCAAGAAAUGGCUCUCAGAGGUGAUGGAUGUUUUGUUUCGGGAUCGGAACAAUGAAGAGAAAAAAGAAGAAAACAAAAGAUUUGAAGUUGUAAUUGAACGCCAUCUUAGUUUAGUUCCCAGAGUAAAGGAAACUCAAGUUAAAAGUGAGGUGUUCUGGAAAUGUUACGAAUAUGGAGAUGAUUUGGUUCAAAUAUUUGAGUUUAUUGAUGAUCAGAGGGCAAAAUCUGUCAGAGAAAUAAUUAUACCUGAUCCUGAAGCAACCGAGGAGAUGAUUGAUAAACAUGGUUCCAUUGUCAGGAUUAUGGAGAAUAAGAGGAAAACAGUCGAGGAGUUUAUAACUAAAGGUGAAAGAUUAAUGGAGGAUCCUAAAUCUCCAAAGUUUCUGGAGAACCACGUGAACAAGCUGAAGGAAGCCUGGGAGGUGGCAAAUGAGAAAGCUCAACUUAGAAAGAACGCGUUGAAUGAAAACCUUGAGCAGUGGAAGGUGUACGAGGAGAAGAGGGUCGACUGUGCUAAGAAUCUGGAUAUGGCGGAUACAGAGCUCAAGGGGAUCAAGAAGAACUUCAACAUGGAGCGCGGACCUCAGGAGCUCACAGAGAAGCUCAAGAUUGCUGCAACCAUGAGGUUUGAGAUAGAAGAGUUGUUUAACCUGACUGAGAACGCAGUAAAGAUAUUGAGUAUAUAUUCUCCUGAUGACAAAAAGAAGGAGAUGGAAGCUCAAGUAACAAUACUUAGGGAUAGAUUGGUAGUGCUGAAUAAGAUUGAUGAAACGCUGGCGGAUAUUUACACAUUCAACAACGAGCUCAUAAAAUUCGAUGCAACCCUAACAGAGCUGGAUACCUGGAUAAACGGGAAAGCAAAGGAAAAGCUUGAACUGAUCAGGAAACCUGAAGAUACAAAUUCUCCUCCUGAUCCUGAGAUGAGGGUUACAAGGACAAUGGAGUUAAUGGAAGAUCUACUGAAGAGAAAUGGAAUAUGUACUAAGGCUGAGGAGACUAGGGCAGAAAUAUUCCCAGCAAAGGGAGAAAAAAUGCCAAAGGAUGCGAAAGACUUUGUUGAGAGAUUGAAAACUGUACGAGCCGGACUAACUAAAUUGGAUGAGGAUGUUCAGGCUGAGUGCUGUAAGUUCUCUGGUGAUGUUAAAUUCUUUGCUGAAUAUCAAACUUCAAUACGACAUUUCUACCCUUGGUUAUCCAGUGCAGAAUUAAAGGUAUCUAAAGGAUUAUCAAGUCCAACCUCCCUCCUCGCUGCUUGUAAUCAACUGGGAGAAUGUAAAAGUUUUGAGGAUGAAUGUGUGAAGAAUUUGUCAACUCUAGAUCUAGCAGUUGAAGCUGCCAGCAAGAUGAUAAAUCAGCAGCAUGCAAAGAUUACCCUACUCAGUUAUAGGUCACGUUGGGAUGCUGUACACUGUACUGCUCAGGAUUGGGUGAUCAGAUUAACCGGUUUGGUUGAGUGUUGGGACAGGUUGGAUGGAAGGGUUGGAGUUUUAUCCAGCUGGGUCGCGUCUACGGAUGGAAAGGAACCGGAUGGAAAAGAUGAUUUAUCAAUUGAGAAGCUAGAAGAGCACCUUGAUACACUAAAAGCAACCUUCAAGGAGAAGGAAGGUUUGGUGCAGGAUAUCCAGACUACUUGUGGAACCAAGAUCUUAUAUCCUGGAGUAACUGAAUCUUCAAGGGCUGAAUCAAGACGAUCCACUAUUCUCGCUACAGAGCUUCAGCCUUCAACCACUGAACCUGUUGCACAACAAACCCCUUCUGUAAUAGAAGCAGCCUCCCCCGAAAAAGCAGCUACUCCAGAAACAGCUGUUGCUAAAUCGGAAGAUGUUAAGUCUGAAGAUGACUCUAAAUCUCCCGAAGUUCCGAAAACGCCUGAAGCUCUAACUACAGAAGUUGGUGCAAAACCUAAAGUUGAGAUUACUCCACCUAAUCCUACUCCUGUAGCUGCAGCAGUUGCUCUUGCUGGGAUUUAGUGCAAACAAGAAGGCACUCAACAACAAGGAUCAAUAACUGGACCGAAACCUAUAUAAAUAUUUAAAUAUAUAGAUUCAUAUAGUGAUUCAUGAACUAGAAGUUACUUUCUAAGAUAUAUAGAAUAAAUGCAUGUAAUUACAAGGAAAAAACGCAGGAUAUAGGAAUACUUCAUGUUAAUGCAAAUAUACCAAUAAAGCACAGUUAUUAAA